AUCACCGACUUCUCACCAGAUUGGUCGUACACUGAGGGUGGAGUGAAGGUCUUAGUGACAGGGCCCUGGCAGUCCACUCAGGAUGUUUAUAGCUGUAUCUUUGACCAGACCAGUGUAGCAGCUGCACUUGUACAGACUGGUGUCCUACGCUGCUAUAGUCCAGCCCAUGAAGCAGGGAAAUGUGCGCUUCAUGUAACCUGUAACGGACUGCUAAUCUCCAAGCCCCUCACGUUUGAAUACAGAGCACGUAGCAACCAGUCGGUCGCGUCGUCACAUGACUGGCUUUCUCUAGAUGAGAAUCGAUUCAAGAUGGCUAUUCUGGAGCGCCUAGAGCAGAUGGAACAAAGGCUUAGUAACACAGGCAACCAAGGAAGAAGCCAGCCUCCUGGAGGUACGUCUCAAUCCAGUUCCUUUGAGGACAGGGUGGUCAGUAUCUGUCAGGACCUGAUGAGACAAAGACCACCAACCAGCGUUCCUCAGAUCCAGACCGUCAGUAGACCAGACCAUGGUAUGACGCUCCUGCACCUAGCAGCAGCACUCGGAUUCAGUCGGCUCAUAUCUACCUUGUUCUUGUGGAGGAGAGAUCAUAACAGUAUAGUUGCAGAGCUGGAGCUAGACCCAAUGAACAUGGACAAUGCAUCCUGCACUCCAUUGAUGUGGGCAUGUGCUCUAGGUCACAUGGAGUCUGCCCUUCUCCUGUACCGCUGGCGACCCCACUGCUUGAAGAUGAGUGACUCCCUCGGUCGCCUUCCCCUGGAUGUCGCAAAGUCUCGAGGGCACACCUCCCUUGCAGAGUCCUUGAUGCAACUUGGUCAAGAAGAACCUCACCUUUGGCCACCUCUUGGUGCUUCCCCAUCCCCCAAGAGUGAUCCCAUACAGAUACCACGAAGCGGACGCAAUACCCUUCCUGCAUUCAUGGUGUCAUCACCAGCCACCAACACACCAAGUUCAUCCCUUUCCGAUGACUCUGCACCUAUCUUUGAAGCGCAGUCACCGUCUUCAGGCUGCCUGUCGAAUCUCUCGGUGAGUCCUGUCUCUCAGGGGCUGGUGACACCCAACACAGGAGUCUCUCCGCAGAUAUCACCCAGGCUGCAAGAUCUGCCAGGGACGUCGUCAGGGUCGCUUGGCAACAUGCUCAACGUCCAACCGGGAUUUCUUCGUAGGGACAGCGGGGUGAGCCUGAAGUCCACCAGUCCUCAUCACCACCACACACAAAGCCACGCCCACCAUCUGUCAUCCAGCCCUCAGCCUCCUGCAGGAGCAAGCCCCAUGCCUAUCCCGCCUCCCAUAUCCCAAGCGACCCUCAAGGCAUUCCUGAGUGGGAGCCAGAUCCUGGGUAACCUGGACCCUGCGGAGAUGAUGGGGCUCCCUCCAUUGGGAGACAAGGAGCACGCUGACCAGAAGGAGAUGUGGGAGAGCUUUGUCAAGGAGCUCCAAGUUGCGGCUCAGCAACAGGAGGAAGAUCAUGGAGAUCUAGAGGAUGUGGAGGAUGAACAACGCUGUGAUUCUCCCAUGCAGACGGAUGACUACAUGCCUCUUCUCCUACCAAGGGCUGCUGCUGGAAACAAGGAGCAAUAUCUGUCUCUGGCGGAGCACAUCCUGGAUGCUCUACCAGAGCGCAUCAAGCUGGAGGGCUCCAGGGGUAGUGUAGCAGGAUCCCAGGUGGAGACAGAAGGACCCCAUGUCCAGGUGGACCAGGAGUCCUUACAUGACUCUAUCAGCUCCAUCGCAAGUCCCUUCUCGAGCCCAGGAGGUGUGGAGGACACUCUUUAUAGAACGGGCAUUGACAGCUCACCUGCUAGUUCCUACAGUGGUGCAGAGUCGUCCUGCCGAACCUCCAGUAGUCCCAGUAAUAUCAGCUUUGAUGAGGACUUCCCACCGGCAGACUGGAGCGACUUCUUACAGGGAUCUGGCCAUGCGUUACAAUGGGCUUUCUCUAUACUCACGCUCUCUGAUGAAGAGCAGAGACAGUUGUACAAAGCUGCUAUUGUGAUCCAGAAUGCCUUUAGACAGUACAAGGGAAGGCAACAGCAGAAACAACAAGAAUUGGAAGCAGCGGUCAUUAUCCAGAGCUAUUACAGGAGAUAUAAAGAGUAUUUCCACUACAAGUCCAUGUCUGAGGCUGCCAGGGUGAUUCAAAACAAGUUCCGUUCGUUCCAGAGCUACCGACAGUUCCAACGGAGUCGCAGGGCGGCCAUCAUCAUCCAGAACAGCUACCGGACUUACCGCGCUCAAGAACAGUUCAGGAAGAGCAGGGAUGCCGCCAUUCUUAUCCAACAAAGGUUUAGGGACAAGCGGAAGGCUCGGAUGAAGCGAGAGCAGGAGGCCGCCCGGAAGAUACAAAGAUUUCUAAGGAGGUACCACAAUAGGGUGAUGAACCAAAAGAAGAGACAAGGUAACCGGAUGAAGCAAGUGACCACUUGACUGAGGCGAGGCAGACGGAGGUUCAAAUCUCU